AUUGCAUAUAAGGCCUUAAGAGGAUCGAUGUGAAGUAUUCAGCCUGCUCCAGCUCAUCCCCAUCACCGACAUGCGCGGCUUAAUCGUGUUCUCUCUCUUUACUGUGCUCGCCAUCGCGAAGCCUGCCAACGCAUCGGCGACGAACGCCUGCAAUAUGAUAGCGAACGCCGUGUCUUCUGCCUCUGAUGUCUACUGGCCAGGGAGCAUUCAGUACACGAACGACGUUAGCCAUUGGGCAAACUCCAGCAGCGCAGUUUCCACGUGCUCUGUUGAGCCAGGGACUGCAGAAGACAUAGGAGUAACUCUACAAAUCCUCGGAAGCACCAACACUUCCUUCGCUGUCAAGGGCGGUGGACACACCACAAACGCCGGUUUCUCCUCCACGGCUGGCGUGCAGAUCGCCAUGUCACGCUUCAGCGACGUCGUCUACGACGGCGCGACGCAGACCGUGAGUUACGGCAUGGGCCUCACUUGGAACGACGUCUACUCUGCCCUCGAGCCGUAUAGCGUGAACGUCGUCGGAGGUCGUGUUUCUGAUGUCGGCGUCGCAGGUGUCAGCCUCGGUGGAGGAUAUUCCUGGUUGACGAACCAGUACGGCCUCGUAGUCGACAAUAUUGUCGGAUUCGAGAUCGUUCUGCCUAACGGUCAGGUCACCAACGUGACCGAAGCGAACGACCCGGACCUGUUCUUCAGUGUGAAGGGUGGGUACAAUAACUUUGGCAUCGUUACACAGGUCACUACCAGGGCCUAUCCCCAAGGUCAAGUUUGGGGUGGUAUUGUGGUCAUCGGCGGAGACCAAUGGGACACCAUUAAUGCCGCCACCACGAAAUUCCAAGCCGAGGUCACAGAUCCCAAGGCGGCGCUCCAGGUCAUCCCGGCUUACGACGCGGCCCUCUCCGAAACGCCUGUGGCCUUUGUCCUCAUGUUCUAUGACGGGCCCUCGACGCCAGCCGGGAUUUUCGAUGACUACCUUGCUAUUCCCGCGCUCAACACGGAUCUCAGCACUCGCUCGUUUUUGUCUCUCGUCCAAUCAUCGCCUACCCACUCGACCAACAGCACUCGUGUCGUCUUCAACACUGCAUCGGUUACCACAAUCACCACCGGGUUGCUCGAUGCGAUUGUAAAUGAGACCCAGUUCUGGUCGCAGGAGCUCAGCAACCAGUCCGCGACAUUCAUCUCCUACGUUAUCGAGUUUUACCUCCCGAGCCUUUACCAACAUGCUGCAGCAAACACAUCCGCCUACCCGCCGACACGCGCGCAGGGCCUGCUUCUGCUUGAGCUCUAUUACGCAUGGGACCUUCCUGGGGCAGAUGCAAUCAUGCAGGCCGCCACCGUGCAGAGCGCGGCGCACCUCAAGGCUGUCGCAACUUCUGAAGGUCAGGACAUCUCGGAUGCACCUUUGUAUGGCAACUACGCAAUCGCAGGCACGCCGGUCGAGCAAAUCUUUGGGGAUAGUUUGCCUAGGAUGCGUGCAACGAAGGAGAGGGUGGACCCGCAGAACAUCAUGGGCCUCACUGGUGGUUGGAAGAUCUGAGACUGAUGCGCUCAGCGUAGCGGAAAUUUUAUAGGCUGUUGUCCUCAUGCUGGGCUUCGUCGCUCUAACAUACGUAUACACACCCCCUUUCUAGUUCCGGGAAAUCCCGUCUGUCCUGGUUUGAACUCGUCAUGCUCUCGCUGCAGGAUGUAGAUCGCUUUUUGCAUUCUGAUAUCUCUGCUAACCUAUCUGCGAAUCUCUUAGAUCUCUGAUAGUAUGCUAGAUGGUUCAUUGAUAAAUUGCUUAUGACCGCAGUUCGUUUUACUUCCUCCUGGCCUCA